AAGGUUAGGGUAGGUCUCCAGAGAAUACUGUUAGUCAUUUCAAUGACCUGCUAAGAGGCAAAAACAAAUGUGUGUGUGUGCAUUUACAAGUAGAAGCUAUCUUUGCUUUACACACGAUUAGAUAGGUGGUUGUGGAGGAUAUUUGGUCCAUCAGAAACAUCCAGCAUGAGUCCGUCUCAGCAGAGUAUCAGCAUCAUCUCAGGUUUACUCUUAAUGUCAGUGUCUCUAUGUUAUAGUAAACUGUCCUGUGAAGAAGGCCACAGCGGUCCAACCCAUGAGUCCAUGCAGGCUGUGUUUGACCUACAAUCCUUCAGGCCAGUAGUGAACCUCAGCAAUCCCACCAUAACCAACAUCUCCUUCACCCUGUAUGCUGUCCUGGGGGUGAAUGAGAAAACCCAGAUACUCACCACUUUCUUGUGGCUGAGACUGUACUGGCACCAUGAGUUCCUGAUUUGGGACCCUGAUGAGUGUGACGGCGUCAUCAGGAUUUCUCUCCCUGUGAGGCAGCUCUGGUCUCCAGACAUCAUCGUGUAUGAGUUUGUGGAUGAUGAUGUUUCCCAAGCAUGUCCUUACGUCUACGUGAACCACACAGGUCACAUUCGCUGGGACAGGAUGCUUCGGCUUGUCUCAGCCUGCAACCUGGAGAUCUUCAGUUUUCCUUUUGAUGUGCAGAAUUGCACAUUUACAUUUGGCUCCUACAUGCACACCAUAAGGGAUGUGAGGGUCAGUCCAGCCCUGACCUUUAAGGAGAUGUCUGAAAACUCAAAGCGUUACCUGGAAGCCAGUGGAGAGUGGGAGCUGGUGGACAUACUCGGGGAGACCUCCAUCCUCCAGUUUGGGAUCGAUGAGUGGGACAUCAUCACCUUCUGGGUGGUCAUAAAGCGGCGGCCAGUGCUCUACGUGGUCAACCUGCUGAUCCCCAGCUCCUUCCUCAUGCUCAUCGACAUCCUGUCCUUCUACCUGCCCCCCCAUAGCGUCGACCGCGCCUCCUUCAAGAUGACCCUCAUCCUGGGCUACACAGUCUUCCUGCUCAUCAUGAACGAUCUGCUGCCCAGCACAGCGAACGGCACGCCCAUCAUAGGUAUCUAUUUCUCGGUGUGUCUGGCCCUCAUGGUCAUCAGUCUACUGGAGACGGUCAUCAUUACCAAUGUCCUCCACCACAGCACCAUGAAAUAUCAAGAGAUUCCAAACUGGGUGAGGGUGGUUGUCCUCAAAUACAUAGCCAGCCUCAUCUGCUACCGAUGGCCGGAGGACGUCCAGCCCCCUUCUAUACCACAGAAGGAUAAACCUGACAGCCCAAAUGACAGCUCAGGCCCAUGGAUCAUCCAACCAGCAAGCCAGACACCUGCCCAGCACCCAACCAGCAACGGAGGUACUGCUGCUCUGCCUGAACUGCAACAGAUCUGUCGAUACCUGGGCGACCUUCGUGACCACCUCACCUCACUGCAGAAGGAGAGCGAGCUGCAGGGCCAGUGGUGCCACGUGGGAUAUGUCCUCGACUUCCUGCUCUUCCGCAUCUAUCUGCUGCUCAUCUCCUGUUACGCCCUGGUCAUCAUCUCCAUGUGGUGCGUCUGGAUCCGUCAGUCCUAACUGGACAUGGGUUGGAUGUGAACCAGGGAAUUCAUAGGAAGCCUAAAUAACAAAUUAAAAAGCAAUUUGUAUAAGUAGAAGGCAAUAGUAGAAGGUUAUUGUUUCUGUAAUGUUUGUUUAAAUUUUGUUUUCUGUGUUUGUUUUUGCAAGGAAAUACCAUGUACAUGCAGUACUGCUAGUUUUGUGUCCUGGAGGAUGCACCAAUAAGUAAAUGUAGUGUAAUGGUUUAGGGGCAGUAACUGUAUAAUCAUUAUCAUCAUCAUCAACAGAAAAUAUUUAGAAUUUCCAUGUGUUAUUUGCUGCUGUUGAAAGGCUAACUAAUCCCCCAGCACAGUUGGCCCCUGGUCUCUUCUCUGUCAGUAAAUGUCAUUAGUUUGCAUCUUUCUUCAGGGAAAAAAAUCUAAAAUAUCAUAGUGACCCCAAAAACAAUGGAACAAGACCACUUCUGCCACCACAGAGAAAGAAUUUUGCUACAAUGUCCACUUUCAAUGCUGUCAAUGCUAAAACUCUGGAGGAUGUAGUUAAGCACCUUAAACAAUCUACCUGCUGCUUUGAAACUCUGCCCACCACCUUUUAAAACAAUGUUUUCAAGUUAGCAAUGGAUGAGCUGGAAACUGUGAGGGGUUCACUCAUAUCAGGCUUUUUUUUAUCACUGAAAACUGCAGUUAUUUAACGCCUUCUAGAGAGGCGUUCUGUCUUUCAUAAACCUUUAUUGCCUCA